AUGAUUAAACAACAGCAACCACAGCAACUUAAGGCGCAAAGCACCCAGGUCCUUCAAACCAUUACAUACGCCAUAUAUGCAUAUAAUUCAAAGACGGCAGAACAAACGCAAAGGUUGAAAUAUGGAGAUUUGGAGAUAGUAUUGAAAAAUGACCAUUUCGAAUUCGUUUGCAAAGGUGGUGCAGUGAUAUCAAAUAUAAAAGAAAUUUUAUUUAUGAAUUCUAAAAUUAAAGGUAUAACGGAUGAUAUAACAUCAAUUCCACCAGAAGAACAAAGAUAUUACGCAUUAAAUGCAUUUCCUAAAGUUUUGAAGAUUGGAAGAUUUAAUUUAAAUGAGGAAUUCAUAAAAGGUUUCCUAAAUGACAUAAUGAAGAAAGCGGAUAAGGAAUAUGUGGCUAGUGAGUUAAUGAAGAAGGCAGAUAAGGAAUAUGUGGAUGAAAAAGAUAAUGAAAUUAAAGAAAGGGUUGAAUGGUAUCAUGAAUGGACAUCGAAGAUUUUUAAAACUAAAGCUGAUACAGGAUGGGUUUCAGGAUGUUUAGACCUUAAAGCGGAUAAAACUUAUGUUAACGAUGAGUUAGAGAAGAAAGCGGAUAAGGAAUAUGUGGCUAGUGAGUUAAUGAAGAAGGCAGAUAAGGAAUAUGUUAACGAAAUAUACCAAAGUUUGAUAGGAACAACAAAAAAUAUUGAAACUAUUGUUGGUGACUUUUCUGUCAAUGAAGAAAAUAAAUAUUUUAGAUGGCAGUUUGUACAGUCCUUAAAAAAUGGUACACGGUGUAAACUCAUUCCGAAAAAUAACAAUGAAAUGUAUGUAAGCUAUAAAAAGAAUGAUGGCACACAAGUUAAAGUUCCAUUAGACAACAACUGUUACUUAAACUUAUAUGGAGACGAACAAAAGAAAUAUUUAAGAGUUUAUGAAAUGGCAGAUAUGACAUUGCCUAAUCCAGCUCCAGCACCAUAUUAUUAUGACUAUGGAGAUGAUGUCAGAACACCACAUGUAGAUGAAAAAAAGUUAACAUUAUAUUUAGAUUAUUAUAGAUAUAAAAGAUAUAAUGCAAUAGAAAAAAAAAGAAUAGUAUAUUAUUAUACAGAUGACAGAAAUAAAUAUUAUAGUCAAGAUUUUACCCACCCUGAAAACAUAAGAUUAUAUUAUAAAAAAUAUUCUGACACAAACCAGAAGAAACCUGAAAUAGUUGCACUAUAUUUUAAGUUCAAAAGAGGCAAUCCUAUAAUAUCUCAUAUGUUUGAUUUAAUGAACCCAGUAGGUUCUAUUUAUACAUCUAUGGAUGCAAGAGGUCCUCAAGUAAUGUUUGGUGUUGGUGCAUGGGAACAAAUAGUCGACAGGUUUUUGUAUUGUGCAAACUC